AACUUGCUAGUAAAGAUUCUGAUAUAAGUAAACAUUGUUAACUGAAUCCUGAAGCAAGUUAAAAGAUACAAAAAUCACUGUUGUUAUAAUUCAGCAUGGCAAAAAGUUUACGAAGUAAAUGGAGGCGAAAAAUGCGCGCUGUAAAGCGCGAAAGGUACGGCAAAAAGGAACUAGAUAGACUGAAAAAGACCUUAGGAAUUGACGAUGCACCUGCAACUUCUGAUAUAAACGUAGAAGCAGAAAUGUCGGAAGUGAUAAAUUUUACCACAGUAGAGGAAAUUAAGAAGAAACGAAAGGAAAAACAGCCAGAUAAAGAUAUAAUGGACCAGGACACAAUAGAUGAUAUACAAAAAUUCAAUGCAAAAACAUUAAGGAACGAAAAUGGUGCCUACCCAGUUUGGGUACAUCCGAGAAAAAUUAGGAAAUGUAAGAAAUCUAAAGAUAAACGCAAAAAGAAGUCUAAUGGUAAAAUUACCAAAAAGUCUGCUAAAUAAACGGUUUGUGAUGAUUUUAUCUGUUAAGUUAACUAAUCUUGUUAGUUUUUUUUUGUAAAUAUAAGGUGGAAUUC